AUUCGUCAGAUACGUCGGAAUCUUUUGGUCUGGGAACAACACUAGUUUUCCCAGGAAUGUAUCGGUUUCAGGAAGUGACACAUUUUAUAAAUUUUUGAACAGGACUAAGGACUGAAGACCGAAAUGAAAUGCUGCGACAGUAACGGAUGUGUAUUAUGAGGCUGGUACAGACGACAUGGUGUGCCCAUCAGGGUCCCGUUGCGGAUGGUGGCGUUGGGUCGUCACAUUCGCGACUUUCGGUCUGUUUGUCUUAACUCGUGGACUCCAGUACAGCUUCAGCAUACUGUUUGUGAGCCUGCAGGAGGAUUUCCAUUCCAGCUCGGCGUUGACAGGUUGGCUAGGGUCUCUGUCAAUUGCACUGACUUGUCUUGCUAGUCCUCUCUGCUCUCUCCUUACAAACAAGCUGAGCAGUCGUACUGUCGCCAUCUUGGGAGUGAUUGCCUUCUGCGCAGGACUGUUGACGACGUCAUUCGUUCCCGUGCCAACGCUGGGAUACAUGUUCUUCACGUUUUCGAUCUUGACGGGCGUGGGCUCCAACCUAGAUACGAAUUCCUCCUUGGCCCUGCUGCUGGACUGGUUUGCCAAGGCGAACUUCUCGCGGGCAAGCGCCCUCGCUCUAAUGGGAUCCACAGCCGGUAUGCUUGCCUUUAGCCCUUUGUUGACAGCCUUAAUAACUCACUACGGAUGGCGUAAUGCGCUGAGAAUUCUCAGCGGUGGAAUACUCGUGAUCGGGAUAGCUGACGGUCUGCUGCUGGCUGACCCACCAUCAACCGACGACUACGCUAGGGCGCCCGAUGAAUCUCCUGGUGUUGAGAAACAUGAAUUGGAGAGCAUGGUCCCGGGGAAGCAGGUUCAUGAUGACGGCUGCAUUGAAGGGACUGACGAUGAAGCAAGAGAAACUGACGAUAAAACUACCAACAAUGAGGAAGCACACAUUUCAAAUCAAGGAUCUCUCGAAGUUGGAGCUGAGAGACAUUUUCGUGGAAGGCUGAUUAGUGCUUUAACGAACCCUGAGGCUUGGGCGUGGUACUUGGCUUCGGUUUUCUCAUACUCGGGCUGGACUUUCUUCAAUAUUAAUUACGCUAGUUUGAUGCACGGACUUGCUCUGGAUAGCAACCAAAUUGCCUCCGUCAUCGUGUACUUUGCUUUGGGGGAACUUGGCGGGAAGUUCCUCAUAGCCGUGAUUGGAGAUCGUCUGCCUUUCUUGUAUCUUUAUCUAUUGAUGGCCUCAUGUCUCCUGGGAACCGUCGUUCUGGGGUUGAUGACAAUUGCCAAGACGUUUGGUGUGAUGGUGCUUCUUGCAGUGGUUUCUGGGGUUCUACGGUCAGGCGUCUUUGCGACACAAUUUACAGCCCCAGCUGAACUUUUCCACGAGCAGUAUGGCACUAAUGGUGUCAUGGUUAUGACGUUAGUUCCCUCUGGAAUCGGAGUUCUGAUCAGUGCACCGUUAGCGGGUGCAAUCUAUGACGUCACAGGUGACUACGUUCUUAGUCUUCUCGUCAUUGCCACCCUCUUCGUUUGCGCUUUAGCGGCCUUGAUUUUUAUUCCAGUAAGGAGGAGAAUUAAUCAGGCCGUGCAUGUUGUGUAAACUCGCCCACCCUGUAUACGAAUUUGGAGAUUGUGUCCCGAAUAUCAUUUCAAAACUAAUGACGAAUCCUGGCACGUGAUCACUUUACACUCCUGAGGCCCCCUUCAAUGGAGAAACCAUUGUGCACCCUAAUGUACAAAGCAACUUCCCCGUGACGGAUUAUCAGAACGAUAGCUACAAUCCCGGCCAAAAUGGUUGGGACACUUCCUGAACCUGCCACGGUUACUCACUCCCCCGGUCUGCCGGUCUCCCGGUCAAUGUUGUUCUCUCCAGCUGAUGGAGCACACACCGCGCAAGGAGAGACAACAUUGAAUGGGGGGUUGGGGGCCCAGUGAGAUUUGGCCAGGAUUGUAGCUCAGUGCUUUUUGCCAUAGAUGGGGUUCCCACGGUGAAAAAGGGAUAGCAUAAUACUGGUUUACAAUAAUAUGAAUAGAACAGAAUCCGUAAUUUUUAAGCAAACAUGCCAUGGGUCCCAUCAAAGUGCCCGAUAUUUUAAACAGAAACGGCCCAAGCCUCAACAUUAUACCGCUGCUUUUCUCAAUGUGCAAUUAAUCGAAAGUACAGUUCAUUCUUUCCGCAAAAUCAGUAAUUAGGAAUCCACGAUGUCCGCAUGGUCUAUAGAUUCAGCAGAAAAAUGAGCGUCUGGUUUUUAUAUUCAUGCAUAUUCAGGGUGUAUUUUAAGGGUGGAGCGCUGUGGUCCAAUGUUAACGGUGUUCGACUCAGGUGCCGUGGUACGCGGAUUCGAACCCUGACAGGGGACACGAUGCUUGUGUUUUGGGGAAAGACACUUUACUACUAGAGGUCCAGCAUAUGACAUGAUUCUGUGUAAAUAAAUUAAUCAGUAAUGGAGGUCAUUGACUGUUGUGUACUUAAUUGUUUGUCCUUGUCCAUCUUGGAGGUUGAGGGGCGUGGGUGAGUGCUGCUACGCGUAUAGAGCGGUAUAUUUCCAUCCAAACGGGCCUGCAUUCCCGGCUGCUGGGGUACUGAUCCCAAGCUAGGUUGUCUGGGUAAAGGGACUACGGAUCGGGUGACAGAUAUACCCGCCACAGUAUUGAAUAGUCACAUGCUUUAACCUCUUCGAUAAUCGUUGGGUAACACUUAUGGUGGGACUAAUACAAUUCUAAAAGUCUGUGUUUUACGAACUCCAAUUAGAAAAAGAGAGACAGAGAUUGCCCUUUAUUUUGUUGCUUAUGCCAGCGAUUGUGCAAUAUUAUUAUAACCUUUGAAUUUCCUUUUUUUUCUCGGACUUUAUUGUACAGAUUAUUAUCUUGACCUUUGCUCAAACGUUACGAUCAUUGUUUAUUUUACAGGCUUUUUGCAGAAACCAUCGAUAGAACUCGGACACCGAGAGUGCACACACAACAGUCUAUUCGCAUCGUGUUAAAAACUGUGCAAAGAAAUUUGUUAUGAAUAAUUUUUUUGUGCAAUAAAAAUAUAUUGUGUGCAAUAUCAGUGUGCGACAUCAGAACCACAUGGUAAGAAGAACUUUGAAAUGCUGGAUUUCCUUUUUUUGGCAAAACGGUAAGAAAUUCAUGUGGUGGCUUGGUUGGAUGUGUGGAACUAGCAAACACCGGACCGACUGUCUGAAGUUUACUGCUCUGAUGAGUACAUGCAGUAUAACCUGGUGAAGUUUCUUCUUAUAGUUCCCUGAUUAAUCGGUCCAAUGACGUCUCUUGAUAGAUCAUUGGUUGAUACAAAAGACACAAUCAAAAAUAGAACACGACGCAGUAAAUUGCCCUGCCCGGCCUUC